AUGUCCCUUAUUGACGAUGACCUGUCAAGCUACGUGGAUAUCUGGCCGAAUGCCACGGCAUGGGAUUACGGGACUACGCCGCCGUCGUUCUCCUCGUUCGUGCUGCCGGAUUGCUUGUUGUCUCCUGCUCCGGUGAAAGAUAUCAAAGCGGAGACGACCCAGGAUCAUAUGCCAGAGCGAAAUGAAGGAGAGCCUAAUUGUCAGACUAGUGCUCAGCAAGUCGCGCCAGUUGCCAAAAUGUUGGCGACCGAUGACACGGACACGAGGGAGGCUCCUAAACAUGUCUCCUGCUUGCAGAAGCUGCUAGAUGCAGCUCUCGCACUAAAAAUCAAGGAGCCAAAACCCGCUGAUAGCUGGGGAAAGGCGUCGUCAGAUGAGCCAGCAGAAAGCAUCGAUCAAGUUUUACUUCGCAAUCGAGCCAUCAUCAAGCUUUUGAACAGCGUUCUGGACUGCAACUGCGCUUGUCUGCCAGACAUCAUCUUGGCAUGUUACAUGACAUUGACGAAGGUCGUUGCCUGCUAUGAAGACGCACUAGACAGCUCCUGUUUUGCCACUGCAUCGGCCGCAAGUAGCAUCCAUAACUUGAGCCGGCAAGCCCAAAGUGCAGUACUGGCUCGAGUCAUUCUGUCCGAGCUGCAAGACCAGGUGAAACCAUUGCUCAAAAGACUGCCCCAGCGUACAAUCUGUGCGUCGACUUCAGAGGAGAGUGAAGGAUGUGCAUUGAGGAACAGCAUCAGGGGCAUUGUGCUCAAAGUCGAUAGGACUCUCCGUACUUGA